AAACCGGGAUAAGCUCCGGCCUGAUGGGCCACUUGGCUCGUAUGCAGACUUUACCUUACCUUUACCCACCGUCAUGAUGAACGUGUUGUUAAUUACUCUAUUUCUUUCUCGUAUACAGAGACGUAUUGUGUUCAAAUUCAGGAUGUCAGACAAAAGUGAAGAACAAGGAACUGCAGAAUCACUUAGUGAGCAGACGCAUUACAUCUUCGCUGGCGUGUAUGCGCUCCUCACAUUCACAGCGUUCAGUCUUAACACGCUCGUGUUGGUCACCUUUCGAAGCGACCGAAGUCUUCGAACACACUCUAACAAACUUAUUCUAAGCAUGGCUGUCGGUGAUUGGCUCCAUGCGCUUCUGGCUUACCCCUUUGGAAUUCUCGCGAAUGUGUCAAAGGAUUGGCAAUCCAACCAUGCCAGUUGUUUGUGGUACGCCUUCAUCACAGCAUUCUUAUCAUUCGGCGUAAUUCUGCACCACGCCACCUUCGCCAUCGAGCGAGCUGCUGUAAUAAGAUACUCCGUAGCCUCGGUUUCCAUUGAGCGAAAACUCCGUUUCGUUAUCAUUGGACUGUGGAUGUUUGCCUUGCUUUGGAGCACAUUCCCUCUGGCCGGAUGGUCGGCCUACGCUCCUGAGGGAGCGGGCUUGCUUUGCUCGAUUCACUGGCAAUCUUCUGAUCCAGGAAAUAUUGCUUUCAUAGCUUGUAUCUUCUUUUUCUUCUUUGUCGGGCCCAUUGUGACCAUGGCGACAGCAUAUUACUCUAUUUACCACACCGUAAAAAAGAUCUCGCAAAAUGCGCAUGACCUGUGGGGGGAAAACGCUGCGCCCACUCUGGAAGCAGUUCAAGGAGAGUCCAAAACUUCGCGCAUGGCAUUCAUAAUGUCACUUUGCUUCAUAUUUGCAUGGACACCGUAUGCAAUGGUUUCGCUAUACGCCGUCAUAAGAGUGCCGAAACCGAUUAUCUCCCCUUUGGUAGCAAGCUUACCAGCCAUUUUUGCCAAAACAGCGGCUUGUUACAAUCCAAUCAUUUACUUUUUGUUGUUUAAGAAAUUUCGGGCUAGCCUUCGAAAAACAUUGCGGCCAUUAGCAGGAUGCGGACGCUUCACAAAGCGAGACGCAUAUAAUGUAAAGAUAGAGCUGGUCACGGCUUUAACUGGUUCUGACAAGGACGGAAGCAAGGAUUAAGUUUAACGCCGGCUCAGUUCGAACGGCGAAGUCCUUAAAAGGGGAACGUAAUGCGUCAGAAAAGAGGCGUUUUUUCUGUCUAAUUCAUCCGAAACAACCUUUUGAUUUAUUCCGUUGAACUUGACUGUCUUAGUUUUACCAGUCGAUAACCGAUUUGGUGAACAUUUUCUGAGAGAAUGUUUGUUUGUUGACAAGAGCCAUAACUGUAACAUAAGAGCUUGAAUUGAUCAAAUAUUGCGCUAAGUCGAACAAAAUAAAAUUGAUGUCAGGUCUCAGAAAAUUCCGCCCGAGUGCAUACGCGAUAAUAUGUUCCAAACAUCUCCCACAAACAGAUCUCCAAAAAUACCUUUUAAACCUUUCUCUAAAGAGAUUGCUAUAUAAUUUUAUCAAUUUAAUUUAUAGAGACAUUCUGUUGUCAUAAAUAUAGACGUAUUUACAUACAACUUGUCGCACGUUCUAUUUUUUCAUGUUUUUUUUUUUUAAAUUUGUACAAUGCAUGUUCUGGAUUUUCCGUUAUUUUUUCAACCACAAGUAAUUUACUGUAUACCAGAUUGAAAUUUGAAAGCGAUAUCGGGAUACCCACUGACUUGGAAAUUUUGGUGGGGAGUUUCCUGGGAAGUGAAAAAUACAAUUAUUGGUGUCGUUUUUGUUACUCGGGGUGUAAAACAGAUAACAAGUAUAAAGGAAGUAUUUAAAAUACUUAUAUCGCUAAUUCGUGACCCAAAUACUUAU